GGGUGUGGACUAGGUUGAGACCUUUUCAGCCCAUACCAGCUGACCCUCCCGCUGACUAUCUUACUGUCUCGAUGCCAUACGCGCGGAGAUGGUCGUGAGGCGUACGCCGACGUGUGGAGACGCACCACAGCCUUCUCCCGUUUAGGGAUCAGCUAGACCGCAUGACGGCGCAGACGGCUUUUAUAUGGACGCCGUAUGAUCAUAUUUUGGAUGAGCUGCCGGCGUUUUGUAGGGCUGGUCAGCACAUGUGGAUGUCGCGGUGUCCAUUGAUACAUAUGGAUAUCGUUGAGUAUCACGCGCCCGACCGCGUGUUACGGCAGUUUGGGUAUGUACAGAAUAUACCCGUGGCUACGGUUUAGGAGCAUGACCACUAUGCGAGGGACGAGCGUGCGGGCGUCGAUGAUGCAUGGCGACUCCAUAUGCAGCAGCAGGUCCAGAGUUGGGAUGUGAGGAUGGCGAGCCUAGCGGUGGUCGGACAUGACACUCCCAUCCAUGUGUACAUGGAGUGGUACAUGCGGAUCACUCGCAUCAUUAUUGGCAACCCCUCUAGGCGUCGUCCAGAUGGCCUGGGAUAUGUAGCUCUCGCAGGAGCGUACGAGGCGCUGGUACGGACCGUUCAGACGAUGCGCUAUGAGAGCACUGCCCGUACGGAGUCCCCCGAGACGGCGGAGUACGCAGCACGGAUGAUUGAGCUUGCCGAGACUGGUAUGAGACAGGCACAUGACUUUGAGCGUCUCCAUGAGCGUGUUCCCCGUGCCCCACCUGGGGCAGCAGGUAGCCGUGGUCGCCGAGGAGCUGGUGGCCGUCGCAGAGGUGCUAGGGCUGGCAAAGGUGAUGACGCUCCGUCGACAGAUAUCCCAUCGACUUCUCAUUCCCGGCCGUCGACUUCACAGACACCUCUGUAUACGCCGGACCUUUUUUCAGGUUAUGUGCCCUGGCCUUCACUUUCAGAUCCACCAGUUCGUGAUCCACAGGGUGAGCGGCCUGUUCGUGAUCUACAGGGUGGCCUACAUUUGCAGUUCGACGACUCCAUGUUCGAGGACUUCGUGUUUGAUGUGGCACCAUCUGCAUCUCCUGCUCCAGCGGCCGCUCAGGAGCCCUCUCACCAGGCAUCUAUGGAGGCCGUCGACACACAGGUUUGACUUUUACAAUAAAGUGAAAAUAAUUUAUUAAUUAUUUUUUAUUUUAGUUCCGUUUUAGAAUACAUCAAAUCCAAAUUAUUUAUAUAUUAUUUCAGGUUCAUUGUUCUACGCAUGUGGGUCCACAAGAGCGACCCAUCCAGGAGACUACCUCAUAUUCACCACCACACCUAUCUCAGGAGCCUACUCAGGCGCCCGUUGACACACAGGUUCUGUUAAAUAAAUAACGUUAAUGUAUUCAAUAUAAAUAAUAAAUGGUACUAAUUAUUAUAUACUUUUCAGGUUCAUCCUUCGGCGCCUGAGGUGGCGACUCCCGACGAGGUAGAGUUCGAGAUACCAGACCUAACUCAGCCUGAGGUUCUGAGUGUGCCAGUGGGACCAGAUCCCAAGAAGAAGCACGUUCUAGUCAAGGGAGCACGUGCCAGGUAAAGAGAUGAUGAUCAUGACUUGGAGCGCCCUGUUAUUAAGAGGAAAAAAGGCGAUGGAGACGAUGACGAGGGCGGUGGGGAUGGUAUGAGUCUUAGGCCUAGGGAUAGUCUCCGGCAUACUACAUGUGGGACCCAUCCUCGAUAGUGUAUAUACAUUAGUGUUGUAAAAUUUAUCGUAAAUAACAUAUUUGUUUUUGCAUAUUUAGUCUUUAUUAUUGUUUCAUAUCGUAAAUUGAAAGUGCAGCAACUACCACAUAAACCCUAAAAUCUGUGCGUGAAAUGACGUUAUACCCAUUCACGCACGAAUUUCGUGCGUGAAAGGCCUCAUCUGCAAUUGUGCAGUUUGGUCCUUUCACGCACGAAUUUCGUGCGUGAAUACUACUUAUGUUUUUUCUUUUUUUUAUACUAGUUUGGUUCAACUUUUUAUUUUUUGUGCUACUUAAGUCGCGGAUUCCAGUAUUCCAGACCAGCUAGCACUCUUUGUGAGUAGUUAGGGACAUUUACGGUCCCAAUAAUAAAUAGUACAAUUUUACUAGUGAAAGCAAUUAAAAUACAUAUUUAUUA